UCUUAGAGAGAGAAUCGUAAUUUGACUUUGCAUUAGUUCAAGGUGAUUUGAGAAAGUAACUCAUCGUUGGCUUAGUAAAAUUAACCGCGAAACACGAAUAUCGGUCAAAAAGAAUCUAUUAAUAAAUAAAGAAGAAAUUAGUAAUAUACAAAAGACGAGUGGUUUGUAAAAGAAAAAGAAAAAAAUGGCAACUUUUGUUCCUGAUUCAGAAAACAUUAAAGCAAAGGCUUUACAAGCUUUUGUCCAAGAAUUUGGUGUUGAAGCAACCAUUUGUGCUUGUGCACCUGGUCGCGUGAAUUUAAUUGGCGAACAUACGGAUUACAAUGAAGGAUUUGUAUUGCCAAUGGCAUUACCUAUGGUCACAAUAAUAGCUGGAAGACCAAAUAAUAAGAAAGAAUGUAAGAUUAUUUCUCUCAAUGAAAAUAUUGGUUCAUUACGACAAGUUGAAUUUGAUAUCAGUGUUAAAGAAAAUAUAAAAACAGGAGAACCUAAGUGGGCUAAUUAUAUAAAAGGAUGUAUUGUAUAUUUUCCAUGUGAUUUGUCAGGUUUUGAUGCUGUGAUUGUCUCAACAGUACCGGUAGGAGCAGGUUUAAGUAGUUCUGCUGCUUUAGAAGUGGCAACAUAUACAUUUCUCGAAGCAAUGAGUGGCCAUAAACUGGAAAAAGCUGAAGAUAAGGCCUUAACAUGUCAACGAGUAGAACAUGAUUUUGCUGGCGUACCAUGUGGUAUUAUGGAUCAGUUCAUUUCUGUGAUGGGAAAGGAAGGUUGCGCACUUCUCUUAGAUUGUAGAGAUCUGUCAACCAAGCAUAUACCUAUGAAACAAAUAAAUGAUUAUGUUUUCCUAAUUACAAAUUCAAAUGCACCUCACAAGCUAAGUAGUAGUGCUUAUUGCAAACGUAGAGAUUGUUGUUAUGAGGCUGUAAAAAAGCUUAAUAUAAAGAGCUUAAGAGAGGCAACAAUAGAUAGUAUUGAUGUGUUAAAAUCACAAAAUGUCUCUGAAGAAAUGUUGAAAAGAACUCGUCAUGUAAUCAAUGAAAUUCAAAGAACAAUUAAUGCUACAGUUGCUCUUGAAAAAGGUGAUUUUGUACAAUUUGGCCAUUUAAUGAAUGAAAGUCAUGAAUCUUUACGAUAUGAUUAUGAGGUGUCUUCCAAGGAACUUGAUACAUUAGUAGCUGCAGCUAGAGAAGUUAACGGUGUUUUAGGAAGUCGUUUAACUGGGGCAGGUUUUGGUGGUUGCACUGUUACUUUAUUGGAAAAGAAAGCAGUUGAUGAUGUCAUUCAAAAUAUAAAAGCAAAGUAUACAGGAACUCCAACCUUUUAUAUUGCAAAACCAGCUAAUGGAGCAAGAGAAAUGGAUAUAAAGUGCUAAAUAUGAGUAAUAACUUUAUUAU